GUUUACAGCUGGGUGCUGCUACUUGUGUUGCUUGACAGUGCAAUGCUGUGCCGACCACGUUUGGAGUAACUCGAUUGUGGGGGGGAACAAGGUUGGCUGAGUGUAGCAGCGGCAGAAAUGGAUGAAAAGGGCUCGGCGAGGAAGAUUAGCGGGUCGUCGGACUCUGUGUUCACUGUAAACAGUGAGGACUUUGUCCUUGUGUCCCGGCUGGGAGACGAGACACCGUCGUCCACUAAUAAUGGUAGUGACGAAGAAAAGACAGGAUUGAAGGUUAUUUCUGAGGAAGGUGUCAGCUUUAAGAUUGUGGGCAACGGCAGCGAGCAGCAGUUGCAACAGGAGUUAGAGGAUGUUUUGAUGGACCCGUCAAUGACCGACACCAGGACUGAGCCGAAACCAGAAGCGGACGAUGCUGUCAGGAAGGAACGCUGCUGUGCCACCACAGCCUCGCCCGUGCCGCCGGGCACGGACCCUCUAAGUACACCCCCGCUCAAAGUGGAGAUGGCACUGCCUGUUCAGACAGUUCAGGAGUGUGAGCUGAAUGAGAGGUCAUACCGAGCAGACGAGUCGUUGUCCGAAGGCAGUCCUGGGACUCCCAUCCCGGAUGAGGACAGCGUGGUGUUCAGCCAGCUGACGUAUCUGGGUUGUGCCUCUGUCAAUGCCCCCCGCAGUGAGGUGGAGGCCCUGCGUAUGAUGAGUAUUCUCAGAGGGCAGUGCCAACUCCCGCUGGAUGUCACACUGUCUGUGCCGGGCAUCUCGGAAGGCACUGUGAGGUUGCUUGACCCUCACACCAGUACAGAGAUUGCCAACUAUCCCAUCUACAAGAUCCUGUUCUGUGUGCGUGGUCAUGACGGCACACCAGAGAGUGACUGCUUUGCCUUUACCGAGAGCCACUACAAUGCCGAGAUCUUCAGAAUUCACGUGUUCCGCUGCCAAAUCCAGGAAGCGGUUAGCAGGAUACUGUACAGCUUUGCCACAGCAUUCCGGCGGUCAGCGAAGAAGGCCGUGUUGUCGUCUGACCAGGCUCCUCCUCUCACCCCCGACAGUGACUUGUUCACCUUCACUGUCAGCCUCGAGAUCAAGGAGGAUGACGGCAAAGGCACCUUCAGCGCUGUGGCGAAAGACAAGCAGAGCUUCAAGCUGCGUGCAGGAAUGGACAAGAAAAUCGUCAUUUAUGUUCAACAGACCUCUAAUAAGGAACUGGCAAUCGAGAGGUGUUUCGGUCUCCUUCUGAGCCCGGGGAAGAAUGUGAAGAACAGCGACAUGCACCUUCUAGACCUGGAGUCGAUGGGGAAGAGCUCAGAUGGGAAGUCCUAUAUUAUCACAGGAAGUUGGAACCCAAAUACACCUCAGUUCCAAGCUGUCAAUGAGGAGACACCUAAAGAUAAGUUCAUGUAUAUGACGACGGCGGUGGACCUGGUGAUUACAGAAGUAGAGGAGCCUGUUCGUUUCCUGCUAGAGACCAGGGUCCGGGUCUGCUCUCCAAAUGACAGGCUGUUCUGGCCUUUCAGCAAGCGAAGUUACACCGAGACCUUCUAUCUUAAACUACGGCAGAUGGAGCGUAAAGAGCGCAAGAGUCCCGCGUCAGACACACUCUAUGAGGUGGUGAAUUUAGAAAGUGAGACGGCGCGAGAGAAGAGGAAGACUACCGCUAGCCCUGGCAUCCUGCCAACUGGGCCUGGUGCCAUGGUUCCCUCACCACCCGAGGAUGAUGAAGAGGAAGAUAAUGAUGAGCCAUUACUGAGUGGGUCAGGUGAUGUUUCCAAGGAGUGUGCAGAAAAGAUCCUUGAGACCUGGGGAGAUCUGCUGUCCAAGUGGCAUCUGAACCUAUCGGUACGUCCAAGGCAGCUUCCAGCUUUGGUGCGCAGCGGUGUUCCUGAGGCACUUCGCGGAGAGGUGUGGCAACUUUUGGCUGGCUGCCAUAAUAACGAUCACCAGGUGGAGGAGUAUCGUACCCUUAUCACCAAGGAGUCUCCACAGGACAGUGCGAUUACCAGGGACAUCAACAGGACAUUUCCAGCUCACGACUACUUUAAAGACACUGGAGGAGAUGGACAGGACUCCCUAUACAAGAUCUGCAAGGCCUACUCUGUGUAUGAUGAGGAGAUUGGCUAUUGCCAGGGACAAUCCUUCUUGGCUGCUGUGCUGUUGCUGCAUAUGCCAGAAGAGCAGGCCUUCAGCGUGCUGGUGAAGAUCAUGUUUGACUAUGGGCUCAGGGACCUCUUCAAGCAAAACUUUGAAGAUCUGCACUGCAAGUUCUUCCAACUUGAAAAACUCAUGCAGGAGUGUAUCCCAGACCUGUACACCCAUUUUCUGAACGUUGGCCUGGAGGCUCACAUGUAUGCCUCCCAGUGGUUCCUCACCCUCUUCACGGCCAAGUUCCCCCUCUACAUGGUCUUCCACAUCAUCGACCUGCUGCUGUGUGAGGGUAUUAGUGUCAUCUUCAACGUCGCUCUGGCGCUUCUGAAGACAUCUAAAGACGAUCUGAUCCAAAGUGAUUUCGAGGGAGCGCUCAAGUUUUUCCGUGUUCCGGUCCCUAAGCGGUACCGUUCUGAGGAGAAUGCAAAGAAGCUGAUGGAGCUGGCGUGUAGCAUGAAGAUUAGCCAGAAGAAGCUAAAGAAGUUUGAAAAGGAGUAUCACACCAUGAGGGAGCAGCAGGAGCAGCAAGAGGCCCCCAUUGAGCGAUACGAGCGAGAGAAUCGGCGCCUGCAGGAGGCGAACAUGCGGCUGGAGCAGGAAAACGACGACCUGGCUCAUGAGCUGGUCAGCAGCAAGAUCGCCCUGCGCAAGGACCUCGACAACGCUGAAGAAAAAGCAGAUGCUCUGAACAAGGAACUGCUGAUUACCAAACAGAAGCUGGUGGACUCGGAGGACGAGAAUAGACGGCUGGAGGAGGAGUCUGCACAGUUGAAGGAGAUGUGCAGACGGGAGCUGGACAAGUCCGAGUCCGAGAUUAAGAAGAAGGGCUCUAUUAUUGGGGAAUACAAACAGAUCUGCUCCCAGCUGAGUGAACGUCUGGAGAAACAACAGACGGCCAAUCGAGGAGAACUGGAGAAAAUAAGGUCUAAGGUAGAGGACUGUGAAAAGUGCAGCAGCCUUUUCAACAAAGAGGGUCGUGUGCGGGCCGCAGUCAGCAGUGCACCUCCCGGUGGUCCCGAGGAGACAGAUGAGGAAAAGGAGGGUCUAAAGAACCAGCUGAGAGAAAUGGAGCUGGAGUUGGCACAGACCAAACUACAACUUGUGGAGGCGGAGUGUAAAAUUCAGGACCUGGAGCACCACUUGGGUCUGGCUCUCAAUGAGGUUCAAGCCGCCAAGAAGACCUGGUUCAACCGAACUCUGAGCUCCAUCAAGACGGUGACGGGAGCCCAGGGCAAAGAGACCAACUAACCCGGCAUCUGCAGCCCGGCUCCACCCAGACCACGACUGGUGUUCCAUACAGCCUAACACCCUGAAAACUUUGGACCUCUAACCCCACCCUCCAGGCCAACACUUUAACUUGAACCUUGACCAUUAAACCCCAGGAUGACUGGGACUACAGACUAUGUUACCCCCUUUUUCCUUGUCAAAACAAACGCCGCUCCUCCCUUCCUGCCCUCCCUUCUCCCUCCAGCCCCCCGACCUCCACAACCAGAGCUGCCCUCGCUGACGAGGAGAGGCUGAAAAAAACACAAAAAAACAAAAACAAGACGGCCUGAAGUACAAAGGUACCAGAAACAAUGUGCUUCCAUUGAUCAAAAGGGGGGGAAAAAGAAAUACUUCAUUGAUGUUUGUCUUUGUACUACUGAUAUUUAAGUGUUGUGGAAGGAAGGUAAGAAAUCAGAACUCUGUCCUGGCGGGAUGAACGACAGCAUUUUUCGCCCUGCCUUUCUGCUCUUCCUCCUCCCUUCUAAACUACUGGCACAAAUAAAGUAAGUCCCUGUAAAACAUCGUUUAGGUACGAGAACUAAUAGAAACCUUUUCAGAACUGAGCUUUUUCUAAUUUACGUUAAAAACAAUACCUUUCUUUUCUAUAUACAUACAUACAUAUAUAUAUAUAUAUAUGUGUGUGUGUGUGUGUGUGUGUGUGUGUGUGUGAGUGUGCUAAUGUAAAAAGACUAUCUGUGAGUGGGUGUGUUUGUUUUGUUCUGAUUAUAUGUAUGUGCGUUUGUAUGUGUGUGUGUGUGUGUGAGUGAGUGGGUCGGUGGUGUGAAAUGGAUAAAAAGAAGAGCUUUGAAUGGCUGAGUGUAAUGAAAUAAAGCUGUUACAUCCGUGUGUGUAUGUGCGUGUGUGUAAUAUAUAGAUGGAAGGGAGUGAGUUUGAUUAUCCAAAUGAAAGAAAGAGCACUAAACUAGGCCGCGAGUGUGUGCAUGCUUGCAAGAGUCCUCAGCUUUUCCAAGUCAUAUAUUUUCCUUUGGUGUUGAAUUGUGUAAUAAGAGCGAUGCUGAAGAAGAGGAGUUUGCUGACAAAGCCUUGAUAUGAAAGUUGAUGAAGAUGUCUGACUAAUGAAGUAGGAGUCGUGUACAGUACGAUAGAUGCGUUAGAGCUGCGGGGUUCCCCCACCGUUGUAAAAUGUGCUUCAAAUCAAACGUCCCACCAAGUGCAUGCGGCUUGUUUGUUUGGUUGGUUUGGAUUGCCCCAAUAAAUAGAGCGGCUCCAGACACGCGGACCUCUGUGUGCAAGGCGUGGCAAACCGUGUGCACCCCACACAUCUUGUGUAAAGGUCAUGUUGGACUGCGGCCUUGGUUGGUUGCCCGGCCCCCCCCCCCUCCCCAGUAGUGCACUACAGUGCAUGUUCAACAGGACAUGCUCAACAUCUAACAUCAUAAAGACGAACGAGUGUCAAACACACAGAAACAUGUGCACACACUCUGAUUCUGACAUAAACGCGCAAACACACUUAACCCUUUCAGCGCUUGAACGCACGUCUAAAGCUUCUCCGCUAUCCUUAAGCCCUGCCUUCCCUUACCUGACAUCAGCCGCUCAGCGACCCAUGACAUUUAGCCCUGACUGUGUGUUGUCUUGGGCGGCAGGGUGGCGCAGUGGUUAGCGCCGUCGCCUCACAGCAAGAAGGUCCUGGGUUCGAACCCCGGGGUUGUCCAACCGUGGGGUCGUCCCGGGUCGUCCUCUGUGUGGAGUUUGCAUGUUCUCCCCGUGUCUGCGUGGGUUUCCUCCGGGGGCUCCGGUUUCCUCCCACAGUCCAAAGACCUGUAGGUCAGUUCGGCCACACUAAAUUGUCCCUAGGUGUGAAUGUGUGUGUGUGUGUGUGUGUGUGUGUGUGUGUGUGUGUGUGUGUGUGUGUGUGUGUGUGUGUGUGUGUGGGCCCUGUGAUGGCCUGGCGGCUUGGCCAGGGUGUCUCCCCGCCUGCCGCCCAUUGCCUGCUGGGAUAGACUCCACCAUCCCGCGACCUUAAUUACAAUAAGCGGCUUGGGGAAUGGCUGGAUGGAUGUGUGUUGUCUUUUAUACUUUGUUAUGCAAGUUGACAAGCCAUGUUGCCCUAUAUAUGGAGCCUAUCCCAGCAGUCACUGGGCGGAAGGCGGGAAGGCACCCUGGACAGGUCGCCAGUCCAUCACAGGGCCGACACACACACACACACACACAUUCACACCUAGGGACAAUUUUAU